AUGGAUCAGCCGGGCUGGAGAUACGAUGUGGAUAAACUUGAUGCCUUGAGACCAACUGAAUUGCAUUGGAGAUGCAUACCCUUCCGAAAUGUACAUAUCAAUAACCGGUAUUGCGAACCUUUAAGAGCUAUGACCUUCGAAAAUUUGUGCAUACCCUAUCGCUCCUACAAAUUGCAGGCACAAGGACCACGUCACUCUGAACAGCUAAUCAAUUCCGUGGUUAUUGAAAAAGCCAGAAUCACUCCGAGACGCUGCCAGAAUACUUUUAUCCCCAAGGUAACCAUUUUUAUCUGCUUUUAG